AUGGCACUUUCACCAGUGUAUUACGCAAAGAACCUCUUCGCGUCGUCGUAUGGAAAGGAUCGUCCGGAGUUCUUUGUCUGGCAUCCUAAAGGCACUCCCUCGAGUGAAAAGAAACUCUUGCACAAGAUCGACUUCUUCAUUCUCACAUAUGGCUGUCUGGCGUACUUCACCAAAUGGCUCGACCAAGCCAACCUCAGCAAUGCCUACGUGAGCGGUAUGAGGGAGGACUUGAACAUGUUAGGCACAGAGUACAAUCUUGCCGUGACGUGCUUUCAAGUCGGCCAAAUCCUCGGCCCCAUCCCAGCGAAUCUCUUGCUCACGUGGAUCCCACCGCGAAUGUUGCUUCCAGGUCUCGAGCUCGCAUGGGCAGUCCUGACCAUCGGCACGACGUUUGUCACCAGCACGCAUCAACUGUAUCCAAUCCGCUUUCUUAUCGGAUUCUUGGAGGGGAGCUGCUUCGUCGGCGUCCAGUAUGUACUGGGAUCUUGGUACAAGAAAACCGAGAUCGGCAAGCGCACAGCCAUCUUUGCCUGUGCGGCGUACGUCGGGACCAUGAUAUCCGGAUACAUGCAGUCUGCCAUGAUUGCGGGGAUGAACGGAAGAAACGGACUGGAAGCCUGGCGCUGGGUCUUUGUGUUUGACGGCAUCAUCACUGCAAUUGUUGCCGUAUAUGGAUUCUUCUUCUUUCCAGACACGCCAUACAAGACCAAAGCUUUCUAUCUCUCCGCCGAAGAGAAAGAGAGGUGCGUGCAGCGACUCGUCGAGGACGGGCGGCAGGAAGAAACCAAGUUCAGCUUGGAUUUGUUCAAGCGGACCGUCAACUCGUGGCAGUUGUACGUGCUUACAAUACUGUGGUGCUUCUGGAACACCACGGUGGGGAAGGUGGCCAACACUGUAGCCCAGCUGUUCUUGAAAAACGACCCACAUCACAAGUGGACUCUGUACGAGGUAAACAACAUCCCCACCUCAACCAACGGCUUCAACAUCAUCAUGGUUCUCCUCCUAAACGUCUACAUCGACAGCACCGGUUACCGUAUGAAAGCCGUCGCCCUGAACCUCGUCAUCCUCCUCUUCGGCACCAUUUGCCUUGUCAUCUGGGAGAUCCCGCUGGGCCUGAAGAUUGUCUCCUACAUGUUCGCCGGCCUCGACGGCCCGCUCUCCCCCAUCUUCUACGCGUGGGCAAACAUCCUUACCACCGGCGAUGCGCAGGUCCGCGCGUUGACGCUGGCGGUUAUGAAUAGUUGCGGUGCGGCGUUGACGACGGUGAUACAACAGUUUCUGUACCCGGUUACGGAUGCGCCGGAGUUUGGAAGGGGUUUCAAAGCGAGCCUAGGAUUUUUGAUUGGUAUGUGCGUGUGGGUUGUUGUGGUUAGGAUGUUCGAGAUGCGGGCGCUGGCUAGGAAACAGACUGAACUCGAGGGGGUUGCGCGCGAAGAGGGGAGCGAGCAGGAUGUAACGGCGGUAAGAUUGGAUGCUAGUAGCAAGGCGUAG